CACCAGUGACAGACAGCUCAUGAAAAGUUCAUGCAGGUUGAUAAAAAAAAAUAUAACAACAAAUUAAUGUUUAGUUUAGGAGGUAAAAAUGGCUGAGAACGUAACGAAUUCGAAUAAUUUAGUAAAACAAUGCUCUAUCAAAAACGGAAAUAAACAAUGGGUGAAGCUAAAUGUAGGAGGAACGUAUUUUCUAACCACUAAAACUACCUUAGCCAGAGACCCCAAUUCGUUUUUAUAUAGGCUAGUUCAAGAAGAUAGUGACUUAGAGACUGAUAAAGAUGAAUCUGGGGCUUAUUUAGUAGACAGAGACCCCAACUACUUUAGUCCAGUAUUAAAUUUUUUAAGACAUGGUAAAUUAGUAAUAAAUAAGGGCCUGGCCGAGGAAGGGGUCUUAGAAGAGGCCGAAUUUUAUAAUAUAGCGGAACUUGUCAACUUAGUGAAAGAGCGAAUAGGGCAUAGAGAUAAUAUAUGUGGGAAGGAUGGCAAGAAACAUGUUUAUAGAGUAAUUCAAUGUCAUGAAGAUGAACUUACGCAGAUGGUGUCCACAAUGUCUGACGGUUGGAAAUUCGAACAGCUAGUAAACAUAGGGUCGCAAUACAAUUAUGGACAAGACGAGCAUGCGGAAUUUUUAUGUGUAGUAAGUAGAGAAUACGGAGUUCCCGAGGGAUCUGAAGUGCGAUCAGAGAGAGAAGAUCGCGCUAAAGUUCUACAGCAAAAAGGAUCUAGGAUGUAACAUGUGAUAAGACUUUUUUUGGAACUUUGUUAUGUGUUGAUGUCUAUAUUACAAGCUUUGAAACAGAUUUUUUUUUUGUAGGAAUGUUUCCUGUUUAAGUAUAUAAACUGCGUGUAUAAAUAAUAGAUUGUACAUAUAAUUACUUAGAGAAAUAAUUAUACAUCAACGCACAGCGUUUACAUUUUUAUACGGACACAUCAUGUCGAUAAAAAAAGUUAUAUUCUACGACUUAUAAAAUGUACAACAGUUGCUAACCAAAUAAGUUUCGAGGCAUGAUAUUUUGAUAUUAAACUUCAUAUUUCGCCUUGUCCUUGUCGAGUGUCCCCUUUUUAAUACAAAAUAAAUGUUACUAGAUAAUUAUACAAAUAUUUUCAUGAUAUUAACAUGUUUUACAUAAGUGUUGUAUAUUAGGCAAAACCUUAAUGUGUAAGAAGUGUUUUUUUCUUUUUUUAAGAAUGUAUUUGUAAUUCCGCCUUAAUACUUAGUUCGUAAACAUAUUUGUUGUUUGAAAAAACCGAGAAGGGUUUGCCACCGAGUUGCGUCUAUUGUGGUAUAACUGUGCUUAAAUAUUAAAAACUACUAAAUAUACAGGGUCUCUCACAAUAAGUGCAUAAAUUGGCAGCGUUGCAGGAAUGUGGUGAACCCUUUGUCGAAUUGUAAGGUUACCAAAACUCAAGAUGAAUAAUAAAAAAUACUUUUGUAGAUA